AUGACUUCCAUUCCGUCGGAGAAUGGUGUCGACGGCGACGAUGAGCGAGAAGAAGAAGACGAUGAAGAAGAAGAGGAAGAAGAAGAAGAGGAGGAACCAAGACUCAAGUACCAAAGAAUGGGAGGUAGCAUACCUGCCCUUUUAUCCAAUGAUGCGGCAUCGUGUAUUGCUGUUGCCGAGCGCAUGAUCGCACUCGGCACUCUCGACGGUACCGUUCACAUCCUCGAUUUCCUCGGCAACCAGGUUAAGGAAUUUACGGCACAUACGGCGGCGGUUAAUGAUCUUAGCUUUGAUAUAGAAGGAGAAUAUAUAGGAAGUUGUUCGGAUGAUGGCACUGUUGUAAUUAAUAGUCUUUUCACCGACGAGAAGGUUUUGAAGUUCGAAUAUCAUCGGCCGAUGAAGGCAAUUGCUUUAGACCCUGAAUAUUCUAGAAAAACAUCUAAAAGAUUUGUUGCUGGUGGUUUAGCUGGUCAAUUGUAUUUUAAUUCCAAGAAAUGGCUAGGCUACCGUGACCAGGUUUUGCACUCUGGUGAAGGUCCAAUACAUGCUUUGAAGUGGAGAGCGAGUCUCAUUGCGUGGGCUAAUGAUGCGGGUGUGAAAGUUUAUGAUGCUGCUAAUGAUAAAAGAAUAACUUUCAUUGAAAGACCGCGAGGGAGUCCGCGUCCUGAGCUUUUGCUCCCUCAUAUAGUUUGGCAGGAUGAUACUCUCUUGGUUAUUGGGUGGGGAACGUCUGUAAAAAUAGCAUCGAUAAGAGCGAAUCAGCAAAAGGGAGCCAAUGGGACAUAUGGGCAUGUUCCAGUGUCUAGUGUGAACCAGGUGGAUAUUGUGGCUUCUUUUCAAACCAGCUAUUAUAUUUCAGGAAUUGCUCCAUUUGGUGAUUCUUUGGUUGUUCUAGCUUAUAUUCCUGUGGAAGAAGAUGGAGAGAAGGAAUUCAGUAGCACCAUAUCAUCAAGACAGGGCAAUGCACAGAGACCAGAAGUACGUGUAGUUACAUGGAAUAAUGAUGAACUUGCAACAGAUGCCCUACCUGUACAUGGUUUUGAGCAUUACAAGGCAAAGGACUAUUCACUUGCUCAUGCUCCUUUCUCAGGUAGCAGCUAUGCUGGUGGUCAAUGGGCUGCUGGCGAUGAACCAUUAUACUAUAUCGUAUCCCCCAAGGAUGUGGUGAUAGCAAAGCCUAGGGAUGCUGAAGAUCAUAUUGCAUGGCUUCUAGAACAUGGUUGGCAUGAAAAAGCAUUAGCAGCAGUUGAAGCAGGUCAGGGUAGGAGCGAACUCAUUGAUGAGGUGGGAUCCAGAUAUCUUGAUCAUUUGAUUGUGGAAAGGAAGUAUGCUGAAGCUGCAUCUUUGUGUCCCAAAUUGUUGCGAGGGUCUGCUUCAGCAUGGGAGAGAUGGGUUUUCCAUUUUGCUCAUUUGCGUCAGCUUCCCGUGUUGGUUCCAUACAUGCCAACAGAAAACCCAAGACUUCGCGACACUGCUUAUGAGGUUGCUCUUGUAGCUCUGGCAACAAAUCCAUCUUUUCAUAAAGAACUUUUGUCAACUGUCAAAUCUUGGCCACCUGUGAUUUAUUCUGCGUUGCCUGUUAUAUCUGCCAUAGAACCUCAGCUAAAUACUUCUUCGAUGACUGAUGCACUCAAGGAGGCACUAGCGGAGUUAUAUGUAAUUGAUGGGCAAUAUGAGAAAGCCUUUUCACUUUAUGCUGAUCUUAUGAAGCCAGAUAUAUAUGAUUUCAUUGAAAGACACAAUUUACAUGAAGCUAUACGUGAAAAGGUUGUCCAACUGAUGAUGCUUGAUUGCAAGCUUGCGGUUCCCUUAUUAAUCCAGAACAAAGACUUAAUUUCUCCACCUGACGUUGUCUCACAACUGUUGACUGCCAGCAACAAGUGUGAUUCAAGAUAUUUCUUACAUUUAUAUCUGCAUGCAUUAUUUGAAGCAAAUCCUCAUGCUGGAAAGGAUUUUCAUGAUAUGCAGGUAGAGCUUUAUGCAGAUUAUGAUCUGAAAAUGCUACUUCCUUUUCUCCGGAGCAGCCAACAUUACACCCUUGAGAAGGCAUAUGACAUUUGUGUUAAAAGAGAUCUUUUAAGAGAGCAAGUCUUCAUACUUGGAAGAAUGGGAAACUCAAAAAAGGCCCUAGCUGUCAUCAUAAACAAAUUAGGGGAUAUUGAAGAGGCUGUAGAAUUUGUAACUAUGCAGCAUGAUGAUGAUCUUUGGGAAGAAUUAAUUAAGCAAUGUCUUCACAAACCUGAAAUGGUGGGGGUAUUGUUGGAGCACACUGUUGGCAAUCUUGAUCCUCUAUACAUUGUAAAUAUGGUGCCCAAUGGCUUGGAAAUACCUCGGCUUAGGGAUCGUCUCGUCAAAAUUAUCACUGAUUACAGAACUGAAACGUCUCUGAGACAUGGGUGCAAUGAUAUUCUUAAGGCUGAUUGUGUAAAUCUCUUGGUCAAAUGCUACAAAGAAGCGAGACGGGCUAUUUGCUUAACCAACGAAGAAGAAGAUGCUCGAGUGAAAAGGGAUGGCAGUAGGGAUUCUCAAGCAGUUGGGAGAACAGUAAGUUCAAGAACCAUGGAGGUUAAGUCAAAGACUAGGGGAGACACAAGAUGUUGCAUGUGUUUUGAUCCCCUCUCUAUACGAGAUGUAUCAGUUGUCGUAUUCUUUUGCUGUCAUGCUUAUCACAUGUCUUGUCUUAUGGAUUCUAUGCCUACUGUUAGUGGCAAAAAAGGGAGUGGAGCCACUUCCCGGAUGUCAGAAUAUGACUUUGAUAGCAAUGACGAGGAUGACGGUGAGGAAACCGAUUCUGGUGUUCCUCGGUUGAGAUGUAUCUUAUGUACUACUGCAGCUAGUUGA